CUGCAUGCAUAUUCAUUCAUAUAAUUGCAUAUGCCCUUAUUGUUUUCCUUCUUCCGGUCCUCCUAAUAAAUUAUUAAAUCUAUCAUAUAUAUAUACGUGCUUGCUUGAUUGAUUGUUUUUGUUGUUUUCCAUUGUUUUCAUGAAAGCAAAACGAAAGCAAUUCAUUCUGAGCUUUAGCUAUAGCAGCUUAUUAGGCCUCGUUUGGCAUGUGCCGUAUUAUAACUAUUUAAUAAGAAUUCGGAGCAGAGGCAGAGGAGGAGGUGAAGACGAGCUAAUAAUAAUUUAGAAUAAUAGAUAAAAGAAGAGGAUGGAGCUUCUGCAGCUGUUUGUGACGGCCUCAAUUCCGGUGUUGAAAGUGCUUUUGAUAACAGCACUUGGCUCAUGUCUUGCUCUUGAUCGUGUCGAUGUUUUGGGGGAAGUUACUAGAAAGAACGUAAACACUGUUGUAUUUUAUGUGUUCAAUCCUGCUCUCGUGGGUUCCAACCUUGCGCGGACAAUUACAUACCAAAGCAUGGUUAAAUUGUGGUUCAUGCCAGUGAAUAUCCUCAUCACAUUUAUAAUUGGUUCCGUGCUCGGAUGGAUUCUCCUCCAAUUAACAAGGCCUCCUGCCCGUCUGCGAGGCCUUGUCUUGGGUUGCUGUGCUGCAGGAAAUUUGGGUAACUUGCUCCUCAUUAUAGUCCCAGCAGUCUGUAAAGAAAAAGGGAGCCCGUUUGGAGCUCCUGAUGUCUGUCACACAUAUGCUAUGGCUUAUGCUUCGCUCUCAAUGGCGAUAGGAGCCGUUUAUUUGUGGUCCUAUGUAUAUAAUAUUGUGAGGAUAUCUUCAAUAAGGGGCACCCAAGAUUCUAAUCAGUCCGCCGAGAAGUCCUCCACAUCCGACCAAGCAAGUUGCACUGAGCCUCUGCUUUCUUCAAAGGAAAGUGUCACAGCUGGUGAAAAUCGGGAUCAAUAUGCACUGCCAUACACUGCUGUGCCAGAAGAAGAAGCAAAGGCGACGACUUCAAGUAAACUAAAGAAACAUAUAGGGAUGGUGUUUAAAAAGAUCAAUCUGAAAGCAAUAUUUGCCCCUUCAACUACUGGAGCGGUGGUUGGUUUUGCAAUCGGAGUCAUCCCUCAGAUUAGAAAUUUACUGAUAGGGGAUGGUGCUCCUCUACGGGUGAUUCAAGAUACUGCUUAUUUGUUGGGGGACGGAGCCAUCCCAGCUCUCACUUUGAUAAUAGGAGGAAACCUACUUAAGGGUUUGAGAGGGUCAGGGAUUCAGAAAUCUCUUGUCGUUGGCAUCAUAGUUGUUCGUUAUGUUGCCCUGCCUCUUAUAGGCAUAUUGGUUAUUAAAGGGGCACUGAAAUUUGGGUUGGUGCUUUCUGAUCCAUUAUAUCUGUUUGUUCUUCUGCUUCAGUUUUCACUCCCACCUGCGAUGAACAUAGGAACAAUGACGCAAUUAUUUGGAGCAGGAGAGAAUGAAUGUUCAGUUAUCAUGUUGUGGACUUAUGCCCUUGCUUCACUGUCGCUUACAUUCUGGUCCGCCGUCUUCAUGUGGCUUGUAACGCGACUGUGAAUUACAAUUUUACAGGAAUUCCUUCUGCUAUAAUGGGUUACUGAGCUCCUUGCUGAGAUCACUAGUCUUGUACCCUUUGAUUUUUUGCGGUGUCUGUAGUGGAGACUGCUUUUGAAUUUGUUCAUGUACUUUUUCGUUCUUGUGUCAUUUAAUUUGAUGGGAAUAUGUUUUUAUCAUCCAAAGUGGUGGCUUUGGUUUUGCUUUCUAGUAAGAAUAUUCGUUUUGUUUGCUUUAAAGUGGUUGGAAUUUGCC